UGACUUGACGCUUGUCCCCGGACCGUUAGCGGUCAGUGAUGAUUGGCGAAUAAACCACGCUUGGCCUCUCGGUGGGCGGUGGAUCGGGUUUUUCCGUUCCACGGCAGCUGCUUUUCUUUCCAGUCAACCCCCCUGGAUGAUUGUACUGGGUGGUAACGCGUUUACGCGUCAGAUGAGAACCCGGAAAUAUGUGUGCCCAGUCCAGAUGAAUCUGUACUGUGUAUGGUGUGUGUGUGUGUGUGGGUGUGUGUGUGGGUGUGUGUGUGGGUGUGGGUGGGGCAUAAGUUGUGUCCAGCCUCUCCUCAAAGGAAAUAGCUGCAAGUGUCUCUGUGGUGCUGAAACUAUAUGGAAUGCCAGCGGAUGGUGGUCGGAAAGUAGGCCAUGGGCCGAUAAUCUUCUACGAUCAGCACCGCAUGAUAUAUCUUACCCAUCACACCACAACCAUACAGGUUCAAGAGGGAACAAACAAACUUGACGCAAGAAGGAGGUUCGCACUCAAUCAAUGGCUGGCGUUGACCUAUCUCGGGUGAUGCACAGUGCAUAUAGUAUG